AUGAGAAACAUCUAUGUUUCUCUGGGCCCCCACCUUUUACUGAGAUCACAUGCUUUGAUGGGUUUGUUGGAACAGUUUCUUCUGUACCAAUAUAAAAUGAAAGAGCCCAUUCUGAGAAUGCUCAAGAUUAGUGGCCAAACUUACAAAGAAUACUAUUCUGAAAUCAUUAAGAGAGCCUCUGAACAUAUCGAGAUUGUCUUUGCAGUAGACUUCAAGGAAGUGGAUUCAACCAGCCACUCCUAUGACCUUGUCAGCAAAGUGAAACUCCCUAACAAUGGGAGGGUGUGCGCCCGCAAGGGGGUUACCCAAGACCGGUCUACCCUGAUGACAGUCCUGGGUGUGAUCUUCAUGAAGGGCGACUGUGCUGCUGAGGAAGACAUCUGGAAAUGCCUGAAUAUGAUGCAAGUAUAUGGUGGGAGGAAGCACUCCAUCUAUGGGGAGCCUAAGAAGCUCAUCACCAAAGAUUUGGUGAAGCUAGAGUACCUAGAACACUGCCAAGUGUCCAACAGUGAUCCUCCAUGCUAUGAGUUCCUAUGGGGCCCAAAAGCCCACACUGAAACCAUCAAGAUGAAAGUCCUUGAAUUAUUGGCCAAGUUCAAUGACACAGUUCCCAGUGUCUUCUCAGCAAGAUAUAAAGAAACUUUGGAAGAUGAGGAAGUAAGAGCUGAAGCCAGACCUAUAGCCACUGUGUGUAACAGGGUCACUUCCAGCAGACUACUGAAGUCUGAGGCUUUUUAA